AUGGUGGUCGAAGAAGAUUCACGUCUCAUAAUUCUCCAACACAAGUACAACCCGACAAUGCCCGAGGUGGUGGAGGAGAUGAAGAAAAUGUGGGACAUAAGUUUCCCGGUGGCCGCCAUGAGCAUACUAAACUACCUAAAGAACAUGACAUCCGUCGUGUGUAUGGGCCGUCUCGGUAGCCUCGAGCUUGCCGGAGGAGCAUUAGCUGUCGGUUUCACCAACAUAACCGGUUACUCUGUUCUCUCCGGUUUAGCCACCGGUAUGGAACCACUUUGCGGUCAAGCCAUCGGCUCCAAGAACCCUUCACUCGCUUCCUUGACCCUCAAGCGAACCAUCUUUCUCCUUCUCUUAGCUUCUCUUCCCAUCUCACUCCUUUGGCUAAACCUCCAACCUCUAAUGCUAAUCCUCCGCCAACAACAAGACAUCACACGUGUGGCAUCUCUCUAUUGCUCCUUCUCUUUGCCUGAUCUCCUCGCUAAUAGCUUCCUUCACCCUCUACGUAUUUAUUUACGCUGUAAAGGCACCACGUGGCCCUUGAUGUGGUGCACGUUGGUCUCCGUCCUUCUUCAUCUCCCCAUUACCGCUUUCUUCACAUUUUACAUCUCUCUCGGCGUUGCUGGAGUCGCAAUUUCAUCUUUUCUCACCAACUUCAUCUCCUUGUCACUUCUCCUUUGCUACAUCUACUUGGAAAACAACAACAACAACGACAAAACCAGUUCCUCUCUCUGUCUCAACACGCCGUUGAUUCUGUCUGCUUCGAGAGACUCCAGUGAUGAUAAGGUCUGGUCAACGCUGGUCAAAUUUGCGGUGCCGAGCUGUAUAGCGGUUUGUUUGGAGUGGUGGUGGUACGAGUUCAUGACGGUCCUAGCCGGAUAUCUCCCGGAGCCGACGGUGGCGCUAGCGGCGGCUGCCAUCGUGAUACAAACGACGUCAUUGAUGUAUACAAUCCCGACGGCGCUCUCCGCAGCGGUUUCCACGAGGGUGAGCAACGAGUUAGGAGCAGGACGGCCGGAGAAGGCAAGGACGGCGGCGGCAGUAGCUGUCGGAGCCGCCAUGGCUGUCUCCGUUUUCGGACUCGUGGCGACCACCGUGGGACGAAAUGCUUGGGGGAGAGUUUUCACGACGGACGGAGCUGUCCUUGAGCUGACGGCGGCGGUUCUUCCGGUGAUAGGAGCUUGUGAGCUUGCUAACUGUCCUCAGACCACAAGCUGUGGGAUCCUACGUGGCAGUGCGAGGCCACGUGUAGGGGCUAAGAUUAAUUUCUACGCCUUUUAUGUAGUUGGAGCACCAGUAGCAGUUGUUUUAGCGUUUGUGUGGGGUCUAGGCUUCAUGGGCCUGUGUUACGGGUUACUUGGGGCCCAGAUCGCUUGUGCAAUCUCCAUUUUGACCGUUGUCUAUAAGACAGAUUGGAACAAAGAGUCGUUGAAGGCUCAUGACUUGGUGGGCAAAAACGUCAUUUUACCUGAUGUCGAUCAAAUUAUUGUCAAAUGCGAAGAAGGUCUACACUAA